AUGGCUGCUGUCAAAGAUCCUCAACCCCUGCCCCAAAGUAAUGGGCAACUUGACUUAUGCGGCUAUUAUUACGUCCAAGGUGACACCGGGGUUGUUAAAGGAGCUCAGACCAAACCGUGGUUUCGAUCACAAGCACUCAGUGGCUCCCUUCUGAAGCGUCUCAACAGCAUUCAGCUUAUAACUUCGUCCCACGACAAAGGAUCUCAAGUCGCCGAAGCAAGCCGGUCCUGGUUCAAGACACAAGACUACGAAUAUGACGGUGAUUGUAUCCAAGUCCACGCUGCCGCUGACUAUGGACAGCCCACUGAUCAAGAGGAGUCGGAAAAUCAUGACAAGAAUAUCCAAGUCCACGCUGCCGCUGACUCUGGACAGCCCACUGAUCAAAAGAAGUCGGAAAAUCAUUACGAAGAGGGUAUUUUGAUAUUCAGUGUCGGAUGCCAGGGUAGUGAGAAACCCUUUGAACCUUCGAAUGGUCCGAAGGCGGCUUCAAGCGUUGUCGAUUUGGGGGCCACUAAUCCAGGAGAUUUAAGUAAGAAGAUCCAGCAGGGCGAGGCGAAGGCUGUCAUAGGUAAUUUGGGAUGGGAAAGCUGGGAUAGGAUUGAGGAGUACAAGUCACUCGCAGCAAAGGCUAAUGAGAAAAAGAAGCAUGUUCUGCUUGUCUUUGAUGCGGAAGACCUACCAGAUUUGACGGCUAUAGACCGCCGUCUGUCCUGGGGUCAGACGGUCCAGAAUAUCUGGGAGCAUGAGAUGAAAGAUCGUUGCAACACGAUAUGGAGCGAAACCAACGCGAACAAAUAUUUCCACCUUCUCGUCCAGCUCGGUUUGGAGGGCGCGAUCUACAAGGGUUUUCAAAAGGACGCAACCGAGGUCCAUCUCAUCUACGAGCCAACCAGCGCCAAAGGCAGUUUCCUUCGCUCUUACUCGGACAAAGACAUUGAAAAUGUCAAAGUCGGGGAGGAUACUGUGAAAGAGCGGAUGAAAACGCUGACGGGGGAGCAGAUGGGACAGCAGAGGAAAGACUUGAGAGAACAGGUAAGGAAACAGCUGAGGAAAGAUGUGGGGGUUGUCUGGAUGAAAGGCCUGAAGACCUCGCUGGAAGAAGAAUGCUCCGAAUCCAUCAAGAAUCUCGACAUAAUGCAGAUCAGAGACGCAACAAUGACUGGGAUUAGAUGGUCUCGUCGCUGUGCCCCGAUGAUGUAUCCAAAAGGAAAGGCCAACCAAUCCCAGCCCGCCGACAACCGCUUGACGCUCGAAACUGACUCAGAACCGGUGUUGGUGUCGGUGAAGCUUGAUUUGAGAGAUUCUCAGACGACUUCCAAAGAACCAUUGGUCCUUAAAAGUCUGCCAUGCACCCCCCAAAAGGCCGCUGUGGAUACGUUGAAACAGGGAUUUGAGUGUGUACUGCCAUAUAUGCCCAGUGCCCGAUUCGGCAACUUGGUCACGGCCGACCGGGGGGAAGUCGAUGGCUUUCGAAAGAUUGCCAACAAGGUCCAUGAAUGGUACACAACUGACACGCGUCCCAUACCUCUAUCCCUUGCUGUAUUCGGACAGCCAGGGUCUGGAAAAUCCUUUGGAGUGAAGGAGGUCAUCAAGUCCAUACUGGCUGCCGAUGGGAAGGGAAUUACAGAUUUAGAAUUCAAUCUUUCGCAGUUUCGCCAAGAGGAUGACCUCAGACACGCAUUCGAAGUCAUCCGGGAUAAGACGCUCUCCGACAAGAUUCCCGUUGUAUUCUUCGACGAAUUUGACUCGACCUUUAACGGCAACGAGCUGGGAUGGUUGAGGCAUUUCAUCAAACCCAUCACACAGGGAAAAUACGAGGAUGGUGCGGUAGAGCGACCACUGGGACGCGGCAUCUACAUCUUUAUCGGAGGCACCAAGACAAAAUAUGAUGACUUUUUCGCGGGAAUAAACACUGAUGGAGGGAAUGCAGUGGAGACUAUCAAUUUCGCGACCUCAGAAGGCGAACUCACGACUUACCUUAGAGAGCUCGAGCUAGAGCUUAGCCCAACUCUAGACCCUUUGGAAUUGGACGUCUCCAGUAUGUCCCAUUAUGACGACUUGAAGAAGGAGUUCUACAAGAUCAGGGACAUUGGACUGGAAAAAAAGAUCCCGCUGGUCUUCUUCAGAAACUUCGACAGCAAUCUUGGCAGCGAGAAGUUGGGAUGGCUCAAAUACUUCCUCGCUCCAAUGCAAGACGGUGAAUUCUUCGACCACGGCAGCCGACACCCCCUCGGGCGAGCCAUCUUUGUUUUUGAACAGGGGAAAGAACACUUUAACGGAUUUCCUGAAGAAGAUUUGGACUCACGCUUAUUUCCAGGUGCGAAACUACCAGAUUUCGUGAGCAGACUUCGCGGGCAGUUACAAAUUGGAAACGUGCCGGCUGUAGAGCCGGGACAAAAUAAACAUGACCCUCUCGAGAAUAUUUUCACCUGGUAUCUGAACGACAAGGAGGCAAGUAAGCCACUGUCGAUUGGCUUGUUUAGGAAAGUCCCUGACCACAACUAUGAAGUCAAGAAAAGACUUAAGAGUAAUUUGCAAGGAUAUGUAAAUGUUCUCGGGCCAAGCUUCUUGGAGGGAGAGGGGCAAGGAAGGGAUGCGGACAUGAACUAUUUCCCCAUCCGACGAGCGAUUCUGCUUCGGAGCAUGCUUGAGAGGAUCUUUCACUUUGACAAAGGAAAACUAAUCAACAUGGAUGAUGGUGUCCUUAAUGCACUGUUGUUCACCCCCAAAGUCCUGCAUGGUGCCCGUUCCCUGGAGUCGAUUCUGUCCAUGAGCAAGAUAACAAAAGGAGAGAGAAUCAAGAAGCAAGAUCUCUGCACAGAGAAUCAGCGCAUGUUGCAUGUGAAGCAUGAGGCCUUCCAGCAAUUACUGGAUAGUAGCGACGUAUAUCCGGGUACACAGGCUACACCAGAAAACAAGCAGCACUAUGCUUGGAUUGAACGGAAGUCGGGUAGAGCUUACAAGCACUAG